GUCGGUGCUAGUGUUAUAUCGUAUUAAACAAUAAACGAAUUAGUAAAUAUAAAAACACAUAUAUCAUUAUACACUUAGACUUCUCAAUCUUUAAGAACUCAUCAAAAGUUAGUCUAUUGUAACUAAACUAUCCUCAAAAAUGUCUGAAGAAAUUGAUUUUACCAAAACAAUUAAAACCGAACCGUUCGAUGAUUAUCCUCAAGUGAAACAGGAACUUGAUGAUUAUGAUGCGUCAGAUUUGACUAUGGAUGAUGAUAUAUGUCUGCAGCAAUUUCUUAAAUCUGAGGUUACAGUUGACGAGGAAAUGAAACAAGAGACGAUUGAUGACCAAGAUGAUGUGACUAACACAAACAAAACUGUUUUAGAUGAAAAUUCUUAUAUAUGUGAUGAAGAGAUCAGUAAUUCAAGUAAUUUAGUGGAUAGUACGAACAAAUCAUUUGAAGAAGUUUCAGGAAAAAGUAAAACAACUAAUAAAUUGAAACCGUAUACAUGUGAAUCAUGCAAUAAAACAUUCACAGCAAAACAUAGCUUACAACAACAUGUAAUGAUUCACACUGGGGAACGCCCUUAUGAGUGCAAAAUAUGCAAUAAAACAUUUUUACAUUCAAGUAGUUUAAGAGACCAUUUAUCGAUUCAUACUGGUGAACGUCCUUAUGCAUGUGAAAUAUGUAAUAAAACAUUUCGAAUGAAAAGAGUGUUAAAACAACAUAAAGCAGUCCAUUCUAAAGAACGUUCUUAUGAGUGCAAAAUAUGUAAUAAAACACUUUUACGGUUAAGUUAUUUAAAAGCACAUUUAUCAGUUCAUACUGGAGAACAACCUUAUGAGUGCAAAAUAUGCAAUAAAACAUUUUUACAUUCAAGUAGUUUAAGAGACCAUUUAUCGAUUCAUACUGGUGAACGCCCUUACGCAUGUGAAAUAUGUAAUAAAACAUUCAGAAUGAAAAAAAUGUUAAAACAACAUGAAGCAGUUCAUUCUGGAGAACGUUCUUAUGAGUGCAAAAUAUGUAAUAAAACAUUUUCAUGCUUACGUUAUUUAAAAACACAUUUAUCAGUUCAUACUGGAGAACAACCUUAUGAGUGCAAAAUAUGCAAUAAAAGAUUUUCACAGUCAAGUAAUUUAAGACAGCAUUCAUCAGCGCAUAGUGAAGAACGACCUUAUCCAUGUGACAUAUGCAAUAAAAAAUACAAAACAGAACAAAAAUUAAUGCGACAUAAAAAAGGACAUACUAGAGAACACUCUGUGAAAAUGAAUACAAGAUAUUAA